AGAUUUAAAGAUAUUAAAAACUCUCUCACACAAUCUCUCCCUUUUGUUCUCUACAAAAACAUUAGGCUGAAUUCAGAGUAUGAAAACCCAUGUGCCGCCAACUACAUAAACCACCCAUUUUUCAGACAGACCUUUAUGUUUUAGCUGCCUUGUUAAAAGAAAACAUAUUUUAUGUACUCUGUGACCCUGAGUUGCAUUCCCACAACUGGAACCAUUAAUUGCAGUGGCUGUAGAUGCAGCCUCCACACAUGCCCUUGCUCUUUCAGACUGUCCUAUGGCAAAAACCUUGACGCUUGCCUCCCAGAGCACACCCGCUGUGGGAGCCACCACAGGACCCCAGGCAAGGGCGGGACAGGCUGUAUGAUGUUCAUCAAAGCACCUGCACAAUCUGCCUGCCCUGGCUGACAUCUCUGAAGCCUCUGCUGAAGUUUGUGGAUUUGCGCAGCUGCAAUGGAUUAAAUUUGAGUAAAUAAUUUGUGUGAAAUGUGCUCAGGCUGGAUUUGAAUUCUCAGCACACACAGCUUGCAACUGAGAGACGAAGUAAUACUUGAAAGUAAGAAACUACUGUUUCACUAAAUGAGAAAGGUCUGGUUGCCUUGCGCAUCCUGGAGAAGGUCUGCCGUGCACUAGUUAACGUCUGUUUUAAAUAUCUGGUUUCAGGUUAAAAAUGCAAACUAUAAAGGCACGAUGCUGACUUUCCAAUUAAAUGCUUUUUGAUCUAAAUGUACAGUCCUGGACAGCAAAAAUGCCGGCAGCCGGGCUGGCUGACAUUUCUCGCACCAGAACAUCUUGAGAAUUCCACAGUUUUGCUCUCUUCACGCUCGCUGGCGUUUUAGCGGAAAUUUUCAUCUUGCUUUAAAAACGCCGAUGUUUCUCACAAGACCGUUGGUUCUUCCCGCGCAGCAGGUAGGCACAGCCCCGCCGAGGCUGAGGAGGCGCAGGCCGGCCCUGCUGGGCCCUCCCCAGGCACAGCCCGCUCGGCGCCGGGGCAGCCCGGUACCCUGGGGCCGCUUUCCCCGCAGGGUCUCCUCAGCGGAGGGCAGUCGUGCGGGACGGCCCCGGCGGGUGACCGAGGGACGAACCGUGUGAGGGAGGGGACCAGGGCCGCGGCCGAGGGGGCGCCGCCGGCCGCCCCGCCUGAGGGGACGGCGCUUCCCUUUGUGCCCCGGCGGGCGGCGGGCCGGCCGCGUUGCCAUGGGAACCGUCCCGGCGGCUGCGGCGGGAGGAAGGCGGGUCGUGUGGCGGCGCAAGAUGGCUCCCCGAGGCGGCGGGCCGCAGCAUACUGAUGAAUACAGACCACCUGUUUGGAAAUCUUACUUGUAUCAAUUGCAACAGGAAGCUCCCCAUCCUAGAAGGAUAACCUGCACUCGUGAGGUAGAGAACAGACCCAAAUAUUAUGGAAGAGAAUUCCAUGGGAUGAUCUCAAGGGAGGAAGCUGACCAAUUAUUAAGCGUUGCAGAGGGAAGCUACCUCAUUCGUGAAAGCCAACGGCAACCUGGAACCUACACUUUGGCAUUAAGAUUUGGAAGUCAAACCAGAAACUUCAGACUCUACUACGAUGGAAAGCACUUUGUUGGGGAGAAACGUUUUGAGUCCAUCCAUGACCUGGUGACAGAUGGAUUGAUUACUCUUUAUAUUGAAACGAAGGCAGCUGAAUACAUUGCCAAGAUGACAAUAAAUCCAAUUUAUGAACACAUAGGAUAUACAACUUUAAACAGAGAGCCAGCACACAAAAAACAUAUGCCAGCCCUGAGAGAUGAACAUGAUGGCAAAGAGUCUACAGGACAGGAUGAGGUAGCAGAAAAGAGGUUGACAUCGCUUGUCAGAAGAGCAACGCUGAAAGAAAAUGAACACAUUCCAAAAUACGAGAAGAUUCAUAACUUCAAGGUGCACACGUUCAGGGGCCCGCACUGGUGUGAAUACUGCGCCAACUUUAUGUGGGGCCUGAUUGCUCAGGGAGUAAAAUGUGCAGAUUGUGGUUUAAAUGUGCACAAGCAAUGUUCCAAGAUGGUCCCAAAUGACUGCAAGCCAGACCUGAAGCAUGUCAAAAAAGUGUACAGCUGUGACCUUACAACGCUAGUAAAAGCACACUUCACUAAGAGACCAAUGGUAGUAGAUAUGUGCAUUAGGGAAAUUGAAUCUAGAGGUCUUAAUUCUGAAGGACUAUACAGAGUAUCAGGAUUUAGUGAUCUUAUUGAAGAUGUCAAAAUGGCAUUUGACAGAGAUGGGGAAAAAGCUGAUAUUUCUGUGAAUAUGUAUGAAGAUAUCAAUAUUAUCACUGGUGCACUUAAACUGUACUUCAGGGAUUUGCCAAUUCCACUCAUCACGUAUGAUGCCUACCCAAAGUUUAUGGAGUCUGCAAAAACCACUGAUCCGGAUGAACAGCUGGAAAUUCUCCAUGAGGCGUUGAAACUGCUGCCACCUGCGCACUGUGAAACCUUGCGGUAUCUCAUGGCACAUCUGAAGAGAGUAACGCUCCAUGAAAAGGAAAAUCUGAUGAGUGCAGAGAAUCUGGGCAUAGUUUUCGGACCAACUCUUAUGAGAGCACCAGAGCUGGAUGCAAUGGCUGCGUUGAAUGACAUCCGUUAUCAGAGACUUGUGGUGGAGAUGCUUAUAAAAAAUGAAGACAUUUUAUUUUGAAUAUUUUGGGGGUUUUGUAAUAAAAAAGGAAGCAACCAUGUUCUAUGGAUGAAGGAAUAUUUUAAAGUAAUUUAAUGGUUCUUGUUGCUGAAUUCCAUAUUUGCUAGAGCUUUCAAUGUAUUCAGGAUAAAAAUGAAGGAACUCUUUGUCAUUUCUGUAGUGCCAUUCAGCUGAUGUUGAAAAAGGUUAACACAUACUUUCCAGUACUAGUAAUCCUGGGUGUUUAUCAUGUUAAAAUAAAAGACAAAAAGCCUAAAGCUAUUGCAUGAUUUGCUCCCUGUUCUCCCUGUUCUGGUGAGACUCAUUCCAUGAAGAAAACAACUGAACUGGUGCAGCAUCUUUGUUCUGGAUAGUUUGUGAUUGUAAUUCAGCAUGUUUCUCUGUGUAAACCUGUUGUGAAUUUGCUUUUAUGUUCUAUGUAAUUGGUUUCUGAUACUAAAAAGAAGGCUGACGUGAAAUGGAGCCUCUGGCAGUUUACUGACAUUUCAUAUCAUUCUCUGCCACUUUUGGGGCCGAUUUCUUCUUGGGUUUCUUUCAGUUUUUUCAUCAUAUAGUAAUUUGUUUUUAACAGAAACAAAAUGUGUACUUUAAACGUUACUUUAAGUAAUUCUCCAUGAUGUUUAUGGUGGUUGCAGUGAAAUCUGCAAUGCUGAACAGUGUUCCUUUAUUAUUAUUGCUAUUUUGAUUGUAAUUUUGUAUUUUUAUCUGGCAUGCAUACAUUAAUUUAUUAAAUUUUGCUUUUAGAACUCUAA